AUGUCCGAUCGUUAUUGCAUUAUCGAUACCGAUUGCGGUAUUGAUGACUCCCAAGCGAUUAUGAUUGCAAUUUGUCAAAAUGUCAACAUCCUAGCUAUUACAUGCGUUACAGGAAGUGUUCACGUCGAUCAAGUAGUAAAAAAUGUCGCUUACGUCUUAAAAUUAUGUAAUCGAAGCGACAUACCUGUUUACAAAGGUGCAGCUAAGCCUAUUCUUGGUAAGCCUGUCUAUUCCACUGAGUUUCAUGGACGAGAUGGUUUAGGUGAUAUACCAAAUCGAGAGGACGAUGAGGCUUUCUUAAACCAAGUUUUACGAAACGAAGACGGUAUCAGUACACUAGUACGUUUAGUAAACGAUUAUGAAGGAAGGAUAGAUAUCGCAUCUAUAGCUCCAUUGACUAACAUUGCUUUAGCUCAGCGGCUUGAUUCUACGUUCGCAAGUAAACUAUCUAGUAUCACUAUUAUGGGCGGUAAUCAUGAAGGCAAAGGUAACACAACACCAUCAGCAGAAUUUAAUUUUUAUAGUGAUCCAGAGGCUGCUCAUAUUGUUAUUAAAGAAUUUCCUUCUGUUUGCAUCACUCGACUUGUAACAUGGGAGACGGCAUUACUUCACUCAGUUAGUUGGCAAUGGGUUUGUCAAUGGCUCACAUAUCGCAGUGAAAAGGGUCGUUUUAAUCAUGCAGUAUUUUCUAGCAAUUUAAAGUUUUAUCGUUCAAAACUUUUCACAGGUAUGGCUAUUUGUGAUCCUAUCGUGAUGGCUUUAACAUUUAAUCCUGAAUUAAUUAUUAAGAGUGCUAAAGUGAACGCCGAAGUCGAAUUAAUUGGUAGAUUGUCUCGGGGUCAAUUAAUUGUAGAUUGGCUUGAAAUUGACACUAGUCAAACGCCAAGAUUAGAAAUCAUAUUAAAACUCAACAUUGAUGCAGUUAAGAAUAUGAUGAUCACCGCAGCACAAAAUUAG